AUGACAUCAAAGUUGUCCUACUUCCUACUACUCUUACUUUUGUCUACAGUACUAUUGGAUACUGUAGAAUGUAGAAAGAAGAAAAAAGACAAGAAUAAGAGCCGCCAAUUGCCUGAGGAAAAAGAAGAUGAAGGUAGGAAAAUUAGCGUUAACCUUAAUAUGCCAUUCAUUGACAUUUCUAUCAUUUCAGAAGCUCGACGUGCACAUCUGACUGGUAUGUUAAUAUUGUUAUUAGUUUAUUUGAACUAGGAUUAGGGCAGGGUAAGACAAGAACAAGGCAAGGCAAGGUUCUGCAAGGCACGGCAGGGCAAGAAACAAGCCUAGGCAAAGGCUAAAAGCUGGGUUUAAGGUUAGAACUAGGGCUCUGGGCUAAGGAGCUGGGCUAGGGCUCUGGGCUAGGGCUCUGGGCUAGGGCUCUGGGCUAGGGCUCUGGGCUAGGGCUCUGGGCUAGGGCUCUGGGCUAGGGCUCUGGGCUAGGGCUCUGGGCUAGGGCUCUGGGCUAGGGCUCUGGGCUAGGGCUCUGGGCUAGGGCUCUGGGCUAGGGCUCUGGGCUAGGGCUCUGGGCUAGGGCUCUGGGCUAGGGCUCUGGGCUAGGGCUAGGGCUAUCUAGGGUUUUACAAAGCUAUAAUAAUGCCAUUUUCAUUGUAGUAAACGUAGACAUGGACCAAAAAGACGACGAUGACAGUAGCAGUGAUGACGAUGAUGACAAGAAAGACAAAAAGCCAGAAACUUCUAGUCCGCUAACAAAAGUUGACCCAUCUAAUGACAAAGUUUAUCAAGUAGGACCAGACAAUAGUGUUGUUGGUACUAAAAGUAGAAAAAGAAGAAGUCAUGGAGUAAGUUAAAAAAUAUUUUUGAAAAAAAUUUUUAAAUUUUUUAAAAUUUUAAAAAUUAAAAAAAAAUUUUUAGGCCAAGCACAUUCCGGUAUAUCAUGUUCAUCCAGACUCACAAACUGCUAUUCCUGUAAAUAUUCUACGGCACCGCCGUUUCUCUGGCACGAACGACUGGAUUUACAAUGUUCUUUGA